GCUGCAGAAAUGUCGGUACCAGGACUUGGUGAAGAUGACGGUGGUUUCUUGUCCGACUGUGGUGGACAUCACUAUCGUUAGACCUGACCUCAAGUUCCAGCUGGGCUUCACCAUCCAGGACGGAGUGGUCAGAUCUCUCACUCGUGGAUCCAUAGCUGAGCGAAGUGGAGUUAGAGUGGGUCAUUACAUCAUCGAGAUCAACGGGACCAGUACAGUGGGUCUGUCCCACAAAGACCUUGUCCACCUUCUCACCACCACCGUAGGAGAUCUACACCUGAAGACCAUGCCCCAUCUCAUGUACAAGCUGAUAACAGGUCAGGUCAUACCUCUCUAUCAUUAGCCACAGACACUCACUCACAGACACUUCAUGAAUCACAACCAGAUAUUCAUGCACCAACCAAUACUCUGUGUUCACAGUAGGGUAUUGAGAACCAAUCAUUGUUUACAAUAAUUAUUAUUGUACAAUGUGCAAUCAUUUUUAUAUUUUUCUA